AACCAAAGAUAACCAAUAUGUUUAAACUUUAUAUUUUACUAUUAUCUUUAUUUCUAACAAUUUGUGAUACUCAAAAUGAGCAGAAAGUUUGUUCAGAUCAAGGUUCUAAAUGCGAAACCAUCAACAUUAAUAAAUACAACGAGCACACAUAUAUUUUCUACGAUGUAAACAAGCCCGAAGGCUUCAACUUACGAAGAGAUGUAUACAUAAGAAUGGCUACAUUUGUUAAAAUUUUAAACAAAAUGAAAAUUAAAAGAUAUGUGUUAGUACUUCCCCCAUGGUCAGAACUGUUUCAUUGGAAAUCCAAACAUUUAAAUCAAAAUUCAAUCCCGUGGAAUGAAUUUUUUGAUGUAGAUAGUUUGAAUAAAUAUGUUCCCGUUGUGGAGAUGAAAGAUUAUUUUGCAUAUCAUAAUAUUUGGAAUAAAGAUAGUCUUGUGAUUGAUGAGGUUUUUAUAUUGAAACAUUUCGAAGAGAUGUUUGAAACUGGUAAUUUUCAAGAUAAAUAUGAGUAUACAAAUGAUUGUAAAGAAAAAACUGAGUUGAAUGAUUUAUGGGGGUACAGUAAUGUAACUUUUGGUACUGUAAAGUGUUUAAAAUUUCAAGGAACUACUAGUUUGUUGAAGAAUAUAAUCAAAGACAGCAAAGCCAAUUCAAUAAUGUUUGCUCAUGCUGAAAUACCUUUGCAUGACACAUGGGGCUCUCCUGAGUUUUGGAGAGCUCGUAGAAGUAUGAGGUUUAGUCAACCCCUAGUCAAACUUGCCAAUGAUUUUAGAAAGACUUAUUUAAACUCAACAGAUGACAAUGAUAAUACUUUAAGACCUUUAAGUUGGAAAGAUGAAAAGUAUAGUAGAAAUGCAAUUGGUGGAAAUUAUAUAUCAGUGCAUUUGCGCAGACAAGAUUUUUUAUGGGGUCGCUCAAAACACAUUCCAAAUAUAAAGUAUGCAGCACAACAAAUUGAAAAAAACUGCAACAAACUACAAAUAUUUACUGUAUUUUUAGCAACAGAUGCUUUCUCUAUAGAAAUAAGUGACUUGAGGUCCUUUUUGGAACCAAAAAUUAAAGUCUACACAUUUAAACCAACAUCGGAUAUAGAAAAGAAAAUUAAAGAUGGAGGCAAAGCGAUUGUAGAACAAAUAAUUUGUUCCCAUGCCAAAUAUUUCAUAGGGACUUAUGAAUCUACAUUUUCAUUUCGAAUACAAGAAGAACGUGAAAUCUUAGGCUUCCCAAAAACAACAACCUUCAAUAGACUUUGUGGAGACAAAGAGACUGAUAAAAAAUGUUCUCAAACAACUGUAUGGAGUAUAAUGUUUUGA